CAAGGGAGCAGCUGACUGUGCAGUGAGAAGCACGUUGACAGUGGCCCUUCUGCCUGUAAGAUGCCUGCUAACCUGUAGCGCCAGCAGUAAGGCUCAGCAAAGCUACUCCAAGUUGCUUGCUGUUGAUACCUCACCAGGACAAGAUCCAGUCUGCCGGAGUGGUGGUUCUUUAACCAGCUCUGAUCGCCAAAAACAAACUAGGAGGGAGCACAGGCCGCAAAAGGGUCACUUGCCAAGAAUUUCUCUGUUCUUGACUUCUCACAUGGCGACUUAUUGGAUCAGUCUGCCGCAAUGGAAGGACUGGGACUGAGCCACAUCUUGUACCUGUGAAGUGUCGUCUUAGGAAGCUGUAUACCCAUCACCUGCUCUGAGGCAUAUGCAUCUAUAGUUCUUCUCACCUCUCUGUAGCAGUCGCUUCUGCAUUCUGAUCUGUCAGUCUAGCUCUUAACUUCCUCUUGCAAGUUAAAAGUGACCACCAAACUGAACUUGAAAUAAGAGAAUGAAAACCAAAGAUUGCUAAGGCAGACAAAUGUCUUACGCAUACAACCUCAAGACAAUUUAGCACUCGAUUCUUCCAAGUACUCCAAAUUAGUCACUGAAGAACCCCUCAUGCAAGAGACAAGUUAAAGCCCCAAGCCACACAAGAAUAAGAUGAAUGCGUUGCUGAGCCUGACUCUGGUGCUGGCAUGGCUAGAGCGAUGCAGCGGGUCGACUGGCUGGGUGUUCACGGAGCCUCAGCUUCGAGCCAGCACUGGGCACUCUGUCCUGCUGCAGUGCCUCUUCCGAGACUCGGUGGCCAAGGGCUGUACGAUGGCCAAAGUUGACUGGCUGCGCAUGGAAGGAAAUGACACACAGAAGGAGGAGAUGGUGUUUUAUUACUACAGCAACCGUAGCACCCCCGUGGGCCGUUUCAAGGACCGGGUGCAGUGGCAAGGGAACAUCUUCAGCUGUGAUGGCUCUAUUCAGCUGCAGAAUGUACAGGUGAAUUACAGCGGCACUUACGUGUGCGAGAUCCGGCUGCUCAGGCACAGCCACAUCUUCAAGAACCACACGGUGCUGCACGUCAGCCCCAUGGUACAGAAAGCAGGACGAGGAGCAGCACAUGCCCAGGACUCUGCAGCUCCGGGAGGCACCGUGUUUUGGCCGGUGACUGUGGGUUGUGGCUGUGUGGCUGUUGUGCUGGCUUUCCUGGCCGGACUCAGCCUGAGGAGGAGGUCUGCAGCCAACAUGGCCCUGGAGAGGACUGGAAAUGGUGGCAGAAAGAACAAAGCAGAGGAAGCACUUUACUGCUCGAUCCCUGGAGCUGAGGUACCGAAGGCUGAACAGGAUGCAGGGAAGAAGAAGAGAGCCGAGGACACCUACAUAACCAUGCAUCCCUCUUCCUUCCGGGAGAACGGCGUCUACGUGGAGCUGGCCAAGAGGGCGAUUCCGGCAGAAUGGAUGGGAGAGGGGAGACAGGGUGAUGGACAAAGUGAGGAACCCUGUAACAGACCAGAGGCAGCACUUCCCUGGGCUCCAAUGUGGGAGAAAUAGCCGUGCAGGGGGAUGUAAGACCCUUAGCCAGCAGGUCCAGGUCCUGACAUAACGAAUCUCCAAGGAGAGCCUGGCAGGGGGACAAAGGAGGAGAUGCAGCGGGAGCCAUGCAGACGUGCCAAUGGUAUCUUCUGAAGAUAAUAAAACUCUGGGAGUCU